UGGGGGGGUGGGUUGAACUAGCGCCCUUUUUGGAGAGACGAGGGUAGAACGGCGUCGUGGGGAAUAAUAUCGCAUAACAAUUUUGUGAAAUUGUGUAGCCAAACUCAAGGAUGGAGAUGGUUUCACUGGGUUUCUUCUUCUGCAGAAAAAUACCAGGUGAAACAUGGAGGUGGGGACAGAAGUGGAGGUUAAUGGAGGCAGCCAGUACCCAGAGCUUUACAAAGUCAUGAUGGAAAAACUCAAUGAACAACGCCAGCUAGACCAGUUUACAGACAUCACUCUUAUAGUGGAUGGAUGUCAGUUCAGAGCCCAUAAAGCAGUGUUGGCAGCGUGUAGUCAGUUUUUCCACAAAUUCUUCCAGGAUUUUACUCAGGAACCUCUGGUGGAGAUAGAAGGAGUGAGCAACACCGCCUUUUGCCAGCUGAUGGAGUUUACCUACACAGCCACGCUAGCUAUAGCAGGAGAGGAAGAGGCCAGUGAUGUGUGGAAGGCUGCUGAAUAUCUACAAAUGGAGGAAGCACUUAAAGCCCUUAACAAUAGGGUGAAUGCCAACUCAUCUGCGUCUGUGAGGGGCAAAUGGAAAAAGAGGAAAAUUGCCGAGACAUCCAGUGUGAUUACAGAAACCCUGCCAAACAUGGAAGGAGCGCCGGUGGAGGUUGAUGUAGUGGAAGAAGGGUCCAUUGAAGUGGAGCAUUCUGGGAUGGAGGAGGUUCAUGAAGCAGACAAGACUGCUCAGGCUGACUCAGAGGAUUCUGCUCUGGCUCUUCUGGCUGACAUAACGAGCAAAUAUCAGCAGGGAGAGCCAGCUUUACAGGAGGUUCUGUACCAGGAGGAAACCGUGACGGCCUCGAGGGUCCUGGAGAAUGUUGAGGUCGUCGAGGUCCAAAUCUCCCAAGUUGACAAUAUGUUUCGCUGCAGCAAAUGUGAUCGCAGUUUUAAAUUAUACUAUCACCUCAAACAGCACUUAAAAACUCACCUGGGCUCAGUGGAGAAGCCACAUGUGUGCAGCCACUGUGGGAGGGCCUACACACGGGAGGGCGCCCUGAAGCAGCACGUCAACACGUUUCAUUUUGACUCAGAAGAACUGUCGCGAAACAGCCCGAAACCCCAGAAGAAAGUGCAUGUUUGUGAACACUGUCUGAAACACUUUGACCACUUUGGUCACUUCAAGGAACAUUUACGGAAGCACACUGGUGAAAAGCCUUAUGAGUGUCCAGACUGUCAUGAGCGAUUUUCCAGAAACAGUACGCUGAAGUGUCACAUGGCAGCCUGUCAGAAUGGGGUAGGAGCCAAAAAAGGACGCAAGAAGCUGUAUGAAUGCCAGGUGUGCAGCAGCAUCUUCAACAGUUGGGAUCAGUUCAAAGAACAUCUCAUGUGCCACACCGGAGACAAGCCCAACCACUGCACUGUGUGUGACAUGUGGUUCACCCACGCCAAAGAGCUCAAGACCCACCUCAAAGACGUCCAUUCCAUUGAGGGAAAGUCAGCUGAGCAGCUCAUCAUCACAGACUCUGCUGCGUCUGCUGCCCUCGCCAUCGCCUCGCAGAACAUAGAGGGGGCGGAAACGGUCCUGUUGGAGGACGGCAUCCAGGUCGAACAUGUCACGGUGGAGCCCGUAAACGUGGUGGAAAUGGAGGAUGCUACGACGCUCGUGGUGGAGGAAGGAGAAGUGGGAGGGAUGUGCGAGGAGGACUUGGAGAGAUUGAAACGGGCGGGGUUGCAGAUCCAGGUUGUGCAUGUGACCACAGCUGAAGUUGAUGGGCAGCAAGUGGUGAACUCUCGGGUGGAAGUAGAUGGACAGCGAGGUGGUGAACCUUGAUGAAACAAAGCAAUCAGUUGUAUGGGACUGCGAGAUGUUUUGGCUUAUUUGCACAAGAUUCUUCCAGUAUUGAGCAGCUAAAUAUUCUUGCCACAGACACCUUAUCUUCAUACUGAAUCCUGCAUGUGGGGACUCUGGAUUAUCACCUCAACUUGUCCUUCUGUCUCUGAAUGUCACGUUUUCUCCUUUGUCUCUGAAGGUUUGGAGAUGCGACAUUUCUUAUUAAAGUCGUAUUUAUUUAAAAGCAGUUUGAGCGUUUUCAAAUUCAUGAACUUAUUUGAACUCCUUCCUUACUGCUUAGUUCCAUGCACUUGGAUCACUUGCUUCUACAAUUGUACAAAUAUGUCUGUAUGCUGCUCUGAAGUUUCUUUAAAUUUUAUUUUCACACUGCCUUCCAGGUUCAUUUGGUAAUGUUGCAGCUAUGAAAUUAAAUUGUUUUCAGAA